AGCCAAUCAGGAGUCCACAUCCUGUACCAGCUCACUGUAACAGUAGUGCGGUUCAGAAGCGGAUAUCCAGUUAGCUAAUAUAUUGAUAGAAAGCUAAAAACAAACAACUUUACAUUUAUUCGGUUGGAGAGUUUCCUGUUCAGAACGUCCCCUGGGGAACCAGCUUACACUAUAGCCGUAAACUGCACCAUGGUCGGUGUUAAAGUGAUCGGGAGCGACCCGGACUUCCAACCAGAGCUAGCGGCCGCCGGCUCCAGGCUAGCAGUGGUGAAGUUCACAAUGGCUGGGUGUCGGCCCUGCGUCAGAAUAGCUCCAGCGUUCAACACGUUGAGUAACAAGUACCCACAGGUCGUCUUCCUUGAAGUAGAUGUUCAUGUCUGUCCGGCAACAGCAGCAGCCAACAACAUCUCAGCCACACCGACAUUCUUGUUCUUCAGGAACCGAGUCCGGGUGGAUCAGUACCAGGGGGCGGACGCUGCAGGUCUGGAGGAGAAGAUCAAACAGCACACAGAGAACGACCCGGGAAACAAUGAGGACUCUGACAUUCCAAAGGGAUACAUGGACCUCAUGCCAUUUGUCAACAAGGCUGGCUGCGAGUGCCUCAACGAAAGCGACGACUGUGGCUUCGACAACUGCUUAAUUAAAGACUCCUCUUACCUGGAGUCUGACUGUGAUGAACAGUUGUUGAUAACGAUGGCCUUCAACCAGCCAGUGAAACUGUUCUCUAUGAAGCUACAGUCCUCAGACUUUGCUCAAGCCCCGAAGGUGGUGAAGGUGUUCAUCAAUCUGCCUCGGUCAAUGGGUUUCGAUGAUGCAGAACGGAGUGAGGCCACUCAGACUCUGGAGCUGUCGGAGGAAGACUACAAAGAUGACAGCUUGGUCCCUUUGCGUUACGUCAAGUUUCAGAAUGUACAGAGUGUUACGUUGUUUGUCAAGUCGAACCAAGGAGAUGAGGAGACAACAAAAAUCAACUACCUGACGUUCAUAGGUACUCCAGUACAAGCCACCAACAUGAGCGACUUCAAAAGGGUUGUAGGCAAGAAAGGUGAGAGUCACUGAAUGUGAGAACAAGGGGAGGGAGGAUGAGGAGAAGAAGAAAAAGAGGACGAGGUCGCAGAUGCAUCCCAAGGACUUUCCUCUCUGCCAAAGCUACUACACACAAAACUGUCAAACAUACACACACAGCGCCCAGCUGUCCUCCUCGAGCUCUGAAUAUAAUCUCCGUCUGUGGAGACUUGGUCUAUAAAUCAUUUGUAUUGUAAUUCUGAUGAAAUCACUGUAAAUAAAAUCCAAUCCUUUUUCAAAGGCA